GCUACCGCGGCCACCGGCCACCAGCGCCGACCCCGGGCGGCAGCCACGGACCUGCGGCGCGGGCUGCAGCUGCUCCUGGGCCAGACGACCCGGGCGCGCUGGCGGGAGGUGGGGCGCAGCGCGGGGUCCGGAUCCCCUGCCCCCGGCAGGCUCUCCCUGGCUGCUCUUUCUUUGCAUGAAAAUCCCUCCCCCCAGCUCAGGCUUCUCUCCCAGCUUUUCCAGCUUCAGUGUCGCCGCACCCCAGCUCUACAUUAGCGCCCCAAAUUCUACCCUCAGCUCCGCCCACCACCCCGCGUUCUACUCCCAGCCUCAGCUUUGCACCCCAGCUUCCCUCUUGCCACAUCCCCAAGCUUCCACGAAGCUGGGGUGCCCCGUCUCCCAUCCGUCCAUCAGCAGGAUGUACCCCCAGGGAAGGCACCCGACCCCGCUGCAGUCCGGCCAGCCUUUCAAGUUCUCAGUCCUGGAAAUCUGUGACCGGAUCAAAGAGGAAUUCCAGUUUCUCCAAGCUCAGUACCACAGCCUCAAGCUGGAGUGUGAGAAGCUAGCCAGCGAGAAGACAGAGAUGCAAAGGCAUUACGUGAUGUACUACGAGAUGUCCUACGGCCUCAACAUUGAGAUGCAUAAACAGGCCGAGAUUGUAAAGAGGCUCAGUGCGAUCUGCGCCCAGAUGGUCCCGUUCCUCACACAGGAGCAUCAGCAGCAUGUUCUCCAGGCUGUAGACCGAGCCAAGCAGGUGACCGUGGGGGAACUGAACAGCCUCCUGGGGGUGAGUCACCCCAGCCCGCCGCCUCGGGGGUCCCCGAUGUGCCCUCAGCCCACCCUUGUCCCCGCCACUCGCCCUCCGCCCCCUGGCCAUCCUCUCCCCCUUCAGCAGCAGAAUCAGCUCCAGCCGCUGUCCCAUGCCCCCCCUGCGCCCCUCACCCCGCGCCCCGCCGGCCUGGUGGGCACCGGGGCCUCGGGACUGCUGGCCCUGUCCGGGGCGCUGGCUGCACAGGCCCAGCUGGCGGCUGCAGCCAAGGAAGACCACGUGGGCGUGGACACAGAGGGCUCCAGAGUGGACAGAGCGGCGAGCAGGAGUGCUUCCCCCUCCCCGCCGGAGAGUCUGGUGGAAGAAGACUGUCAUAGCGGCCGAGGUGGCAAUGGGAAGCCACAGAGAACAGAAGACAAGGACCUCUCAGGGCCUUAUGAAAGCGAUGAAGACAAGAGCGACUAUAAUCUGGUGGUGGAUGAGGACCAACCCUCAGAGCCACCCAGCCCUGCGACCACCCCCUGUGGAAAGUCGUCCCUCUGCACGGCUGCCCGAAGGGACCUAGCCGAUAGCCCAGCCUCCUUGGCCUCCAGUUUGGGCUCACCACUCCCCAGAGGCAAAGACCUAGCCCUGAAUGAUCUUCCAGCAGGCACUCCUGCCUCCAGGUCAUGUGGUCCCUCUCCAUCCCAGGAUGCGUCCACUCCAGGACCCAGCUCUGCCGGUCACCUCUGUCAGCUGGCCGCUCAGCCGGCGCCACCCACAGACAGCAUCGCCCUGAGGAGUCCCCUGACCCUGCCCAGCCCCUUCACUUCCUCCUUCAGCCUGGGCUCCCACAGCGCCCUCAACGGGGACCUCUCCGUGCCCAGCUCCUAUGUGGGCCUCCACCUGUCCCCCCAGGUCAGCAGCUCUGUCGUGUACGGACGCUCACCCCUGAUGACAUUCGAGUCGCACCCUCACCUCCGAGGCUCAGCCAUCUCCCUGCCUGGCAUCCCCGGGGCAAAGCCGGCCUAUUCUUUCCAUGUGUCUGCGGACGGCCAGAUGCAGCCGGUGCCCUUUCCGUCGGAUGCCCUGGUGGGCACCGGGAUCCCCCGCCACGCGCGCCAGUUGCACACGCUGACCCACGGCGAGGUGGUGUGUGCCGUCACCAUCAGCGGCUCCACACAGCACGUGUACACGGGCGGCAAAGGCUGCGUGAAGGUGUGGGACGUGAGCCAGCCGGGCAGCAAGACACCCGUGGCUCAACUGGAUUGCCUGAACCGCGACAACUACAUACGCUCCUGCAAGCUGCUGCCUGAUGGGCAGAGCCUGAUCGUGGGCGGCGAAGCCAGCACCCUGUCCAUCUGGGACCUGGCAGCACCCACACCUCGCAUCAAGGCUGAGCUGACCUCAUCUGCCCCGGCCUGCUAUGCGCUGGCCGUCAGCCCCGACGCCAAGGUCUGCUUCUCCUGCUGCAGCGAUGGCAACAUCGUGGUCUGGGAUCUGCAGAACCAGGCCAUGGUCAGGCAAUUCCAGGGUCACACAGACGGGGCCAGCUGCAUAGACAUCUCGGACUACGGGACCCGGCUGUGGACUGGGGGCUUGGACAACACUGUGCGCUGCUGGGACCUGCGUGAAGGCCGCCAGCUUCAGCAGCAUGACUUCAGUUCCCAGAUUUUCUCUCUGGGCCACUGUCCCAACCAGGACUGGUUGGCCGUAGGGAUGGAGAGCAGUCACGUGGAGGUCCUUCAUGUCCGGAAGCCUGAGAAGUACCAGCUGCGUCUGCACGAGAGCUGCGUGCUAUCACUCAAAUUCGCUUCCUGUGGACGCUGGUUUGUGAGCACAGGCAAGGACAACUUGCUUAAUGCCUGGAGGACACCCUACGGGGCCAGCAUUUUUCAGUCCAAAGAGUCUUCCUCCGUGUUGAGCUGCGACGUCUCCAGGAAUAAUAAAUACAUCGUGACAGGCUCAGGAGACAAGAAGGCCACUGUGUAUGAGGUGGUGUACUAAGCCCAUCUGCCUGCAUCUUCAGGUCACCUGCCUGAGGAUGGCCACUUGGACACUGUCCCCUCUGCUCCUCCCCGGGUCCCUCCUCCCUGGUUGGGUGGAAUUGGAGGCACUGGGGAAAUAUAACUAUUUAUGACUCUC